AUGUUUUACCUCAUCGGUCUUGGACUUUCAUCUCCCGAGGAUAUCACUCUUGCAGGUCUGAACGCUAUUAAAUCCAGUGAACGUGUCUAUUUGGAGUCCUACACGUCUUUUCUGAUGGAAGCUAGUGUUUCUGAACUUGAAACGUUUUACGGGAAAUCCAUAGUGGUUGCGGACCGAGACAUGGUAGAGACUCAAUCUGAUAAAAUAUUGGAAGAAGCCCAAGUCAAAAAUGUAUCUUUCUUGGUAGUGGGUGAUCCAUUUGGAGCCACAACACAUACUGACCUUUUACUGCGAUGUAAAGAGAGCGGGAUUGGAUAUAAAACGUUUCACAAUGCUUCCAUCCUCAACGCUAUCGGCGCAACCGGACUAAGCCUGUAUAACUUUGGUCAAACAGUCUCUGUUCCGUUCUUUGACGGGAAUUGGAAACCUACAAGUUGGGUUGAUCGCUUGCUUGAUAAUCUCGAACUAGGCUUGCACACACUGCUUUUACUCGAUAUCAAAGUGAAGGAACAGUCUGUAGAAAAUUUGGCCAGAGGCAGAAAGAUUUAUGAGCCAGCGCGGUAUAUGACAAUCCCUACAGCCAUCAUGGAGAGUAUUGUUGACUCUAAGAACCCAGUGGACCACAAGCCUAGGCGUACUAUCAACCCCGAUGUCACCCUAGGUAUUUCCGUCAGUCGAGUCGGCUCAAGCACUCAAGCAUUUCAUGCUGGAACUUUAACUCAAUUACUCAACCUGGAAGACGUGGAAGGGAAAACCUUUGGGCUACCACUCCAUAGUCUGAUCAUAAUUGGUCAGCGAUUGAAUCCAAUUGAACGCGACUAUAUCACACAAUUUGCUGUUGAUGGUCCACACUGGCGCCGUAUCACGUCUGAACUUUAUAAUCUUGAAUAA